AUGACGGGUCUAAAUGCACAGAUCAAUGUUGUUCCUAAUGUUGCUCCUACCACUAUUCCCCAGGCACAACAAGUCUCAGCACUAAGGGCUCACCACACAACCCACCCAGAAGGCUCUAAUAUACAUUAUGCGCCACGACCUGAUGCACCACUAACACAGGGGCAAAUGACAUCACAGAGCCAAUCCAUACUGCCUAUACCUAUGGACAAUGUGAAAGUGAUGGAAAUGUUCCAAAAGUUUAGGCCUCCCUACUUUGGUGGGAUUGCGCAGGACCCUUUGGCACCCACCAAAUGGGUAGAGGGAAUGGAGAUGGCAUUUAAGGUAAUGACCCUCACUAAAGAACAGAAACUGAUGUGUGCCGACUACCAACUACAAAUUGAGGCAAAUGCAUGGUGGAAGUCCACUGAACACAUCCUAGUGGCCCUACAACCUAACCUCACAUGGGACCACUUUAAAGUGGCAUUCUACAACAAUUACUUCCCAGAUAGUGUGAGGGAGAGGAAGGAAACAGAGUUCAUGGAGCUGAAACAAGGAUCCAACUCUGUAUUAGAAUAUCAACAAGAUUUUGAGAAGUUGUUCUUUGCACUUGAGCAUUUGAAGGGGAAUCAGGCAAAGGCAAAGAGAUUUGAGAAAGGGUUAAGACCCACUAUAGGGGUUGUGUUAGUGGCUCAGUACCUCCAUAGUUAUACCCAAGUGGUUCAGGCUGCCAAAUCCAUUGAGGACAAAUAA